GCAUUACUACGCUGAGUGAUCGUUUCACAACAGCAGGAAGAAGCGGCAGAUGUUUACAUGCCUCUCUAUAGUGGCCAGCGUUUCAGUUGUAUUGUUUCUACACGAGAGCAGCCUAUCCUUCAUGCACGCCCACUGUCUGUUACACAAACUUAUAUUAUGAUUUCAAGAUCACUCCGGUCUUGAAGUCCAUCGAGACGUCUCUUUACACAACAUCGAACAGCGCUUCGACCUGUCAAUUCAGGAUGUGGAUUCCUAUGCUGAGUUUGACUGCCCUUCCACACCUUGGUAUAUUUGGAGGUUUCAUCACACGGAAGGAGGUGAAGACCUGGUACACCACGCUCAACAAGCCCUCAUGGAGGCCACCUAACGCUGCCUUCCCAAUAGUGUGGACCACUCUCUACACUGGCAUGGGCUACGGUUCAUACCUUGUGUGGAAAGAGCUUGGAGGCUUCACCCAGGAUUCACUGGUACCACUGGGGCUCUAUGGGAUGCAGUUGGCGCUUAAUUGGGCCUGGACACCCAUCUUCUUUGGCGCUCACAACAUUAAACUGGCAAUGAUAGAGAUAGUGAUGCUGACUGGCACAGUGGCAGCCACAAUGGUGUCUUGGUAUCCCAUCAGCCGCACUGCAACACUUCUCAUGGUACCAUACUUGGCCUGGCUCUGCCUAGCUACCAGCCUCAACUACUGCAUUUGGAGAGACAAUCCAGAUCCCAAAAAAGAUGACUAAGAGUCCAAUAAAACAAACACUAUUCUAUUUAACACUGACUAGAACAAAAAAGCAACCGUGUUUUUUUUUUUUUUGCUUGUUGGCCAUUUUGAAGUAUAAUAAUGAAGAAUUUAGUUUAUUUUUUAUCUUCUCUUUAAAUUUUGUAAUAUCAGAAAAAUUCACAUUGUGUCUUAAUUAUAAAAGAAGGAAAGGCAAUAAAAUGAGAAUGUUCUAAUGCUUCCAUUAUAUAUUCUCAGUCCAUCAGAUCACUUAAGUUCAGCAUUUUACACAGAUCACUUUUGAUCUUGUUCACUUGCUUCCUUGCCUAUUUUUUACUAAUAAAAAUGUUUUCAUGACUUGAGGUUUCUUGGAAGGAAAUUAGUUAAAACAUUGUACAUGGAUUGUUUUUCAAACACCAAGCUCUGGCCUUAAAUCUGUGUGGCUUUGCAAGGGUGGUGGUUUGGCAAAGUUUUUAUCAUCUAGCUAUCUUUUGUGAACAUAUUGUAUGUCAUGGCACAGACCAUAUUAUCAAUAUCUGCCAGGAAAUUCCCCAGUGUGCAUUAGCUUUAUGUUAUAUCACUUUUCUGUGCAACUUUAUAUUACUCAACUGCACUUCAGCAGUUUAUUCCAU